ACAGCAAAAGUCCCAUUUUUCUUUUCCUCUCUCCACAGUCUGUUCCUCCAAGGCGCUAGGGUUCCUCCAGGCCCGCCGCCAGGCCCGCCACCGACCGGUCCGGCCGCCGCUCGCCCGCCUCCUGCCCCCCGACGCCCGCCCGCCUCCCGGCCCCGUCGCCCGCCCUCAUCCAUCCAUGGAGGAGGUCUAGCCCGGAGCCACCCCCGCGCAUCGUCGUCCCCAUCGAGCGGAGGGAGCUCGAGCUCGGACGCGGGGCUCCUUCAUCUGCUCUUGCCGUCGAACGGCAGGGCCUCGCCUGACCAUCUCGCGUCCCUGCUCCAGCGCGACUCCCUCUUCUGGCCAUCUGACCACCGAAGUAGAUGGAUACAGAGAUAGCAGCUAAAUCUGGGAAAUCUGUGAAAUCUGGGAAAUCUGGGAAGGCUGUUUGGGAUGCAUUUGCGGCUGAAGUUUUUCUUGAUGUGUGUAUUGAGGAAGUGUUAGCGCGCAACCGCCAUCAAGGUUAUUUGAAUCCAACUGGGUAUAAAAAUUUGGUAACGAAGUUCAAUGAACGCACUAAAAGAAAUUAUGUGCGCAAGCAAUUCAAGAAUAGGUGGGAGACACUGAAAAAAGAUUACAUGUUCAGAAUGGAGGAGGUCUGUGUUCUACCCAUUGCUUGAUCUUUUGGUUGGGAGGUACGGUCUUACCUCAACUUGCAACAUGUCCUCAAAAGAAGCACUGGCACUUUUUUUAUGGACUAUUGGGACAUGUCAAACAACUGAUAAUGUUGCUGAUCGAUUUGAACAUAGUCGGUCUACCAUUAGCAAAAAGUUUUAUGAGGUUCUUGACUGUGUAGACCGCAUGGCUGGUGAUUAUAUUAGGCCAAAGGAUAGAAAUUUCACUGAAGUGCAUCCGAAAAUGCAAACUGCAAGAUUUUGGCCUCAUUUCAAGGAUGCCAUUGGUGCUAUAGACGGAACUCAUAUUAAAGUGAUUGUGCCCAAAGAACUUGAGAUACAACACAUGAACAGGAAAGGUUAUACAAGUCAAAAUGUGAUGGCAAUUUGUGAUUUUGAUUUGAGGUUCACUUUUGUUGUUCCCGGAUGGCCCGGAUCAGUUCAUGACACACGUGUAUGGUCUGAUGCUCAAGUGUCAUAUCCCCACUAUCCUCACCCUCCAGCAGGAAAGUAUUAUCUUGUGGACUCGGGAUAUCCAAAUAGAAUAGGCUACCUAGCACCAUACAAAACUACUCGGUACCAUGUGCCUGACUUCCAGAAUAACCCUCCAAGGGGAAGAGAGGAGUCAUUCAACCAUAAGCAUUCAGCAGCGCGAAACUCCAUCGAACGAGGAUUUUGUUGUCUCAAGAUGAAAUGGGGUAUUCUUCAAGGCAUACCUCGUAGGAAACCCGUGCGCCAAAAGAUGAUAAUAACUGCUUGCAUGUGUCUACAUAAUUACAUUCGCGAUAGCAACCUCAGUGAUCAACAUUUCGACAUGUUUGAUACUGGGGGUAUGUUCAUGAGGAGAGUGCUUCAUAUCCUAGUGCUCCACCUGAAGAUGAUGGUACCUACAUGAAAGGGAUCCAUGACGACAUUGCGAAGAGUGUGUUUCCUUAGAUCCAACGACCACCUAUUUGAGUUGUAAUAAUUUGCACUUUAUGAAGAAAAAAAUGACCUCCUAUUUUUAUUGUAUUAUUUAA